AUUAUCGGAAAAGCAGAGAUGGAAAACGACGUAUUUCAAAAUGAUGCGCAUGUGAUUGGACAUUAAUUUUAGAUCAAUCUACUCCAAUAGAAUUCUAGAGUCUAGUCAAGUCGAACGGAAAGAAUCUAGCGGAAUAACCUAACCUAACAUUUUGAAACAUUUUGAAAAUGACGAAUUCCAAAGAUUUUUUCCUAUCAGUGACGGAAAGAAUUUUUAGUAAUUGGACUGCAUUGAAGAUUGCUGUAGAACAUGGCAUGGGUUCGAAAGAAAAGGCUCAGGCUUUUUGCCCUUAUGUGACAGAACUUAUUUACAUGAAUGCAGAAUUAGAAGACUACAUGGAUUUAGAAUUCGACACAGAACUCGAAGACGCAAGUUCUACUCAAGUUGCUGAGGAAUUGUUGCGAUUUUAUCGUUAUUGUGCAGCUGGAGACGAAACCACCGCUCUUGCCGAACUUGAAAAAUUGCCUCCUCUUCAGCCCUGGAUCGCCACACAAGUUUACACAAUGUCUGUGCCUUCUCAGUCUUGCACACAAGAAAAUGAUUCGUCAUCAGAAGACGGAGAAGCAUCCAACAAUCAAAUGGAAGUCGUUGACCAAGAUUGGACUACUGUGAGAACAAAGCGGAAAAAAUGAACCCGGCAAGUUUUAAAUAUUUAAAAAUGCCAAGAUAAUUUGUAAUCUUUAUUAUACAUAUAUUUUUUAUGUAAAUACUGUCAUCUGUACUCUUCAGCUUUAUUAUUAAUAACAAAACCUCAACUUAUUCUGAAA